AGCCAUUUUGGCUCAAGCCAUUGUGACUCAAGCCACUUUUGGCUUCAUCGUUGGGGCCCCGGUGAUGAGCAAGUGACCAGCGCAACCUUUGCGGCUCGCGCCUCGUCAGAGGAUCCCCACAUCGGUUGUGCGUUUUCUGACCUGGCGGUCGACAUCGCUCUGGCUGGAAAAACCAGCGAGCGGUGAUGAGAUUGGUGCUAUUAUGCUUGUGCUUAUUUGGCUUCUCUGAGUUUCAACCCGCCCUUGCGUCCUCCGAGGCGGGCGUCACUUGUAACCCGCAGUGGUGCCGGGAUUAUGCCAGAGACUGCUUGGCUGGAACAGAAUCACAGCCAUGCUCAUGCGAGAAGGGCGUCUGGCGCGUUAUUGACAAACCUUCGCAUGUAUCAGCUUUUGCACCACGGUUUUAUCGCUUCACAUGUUGUACGGAAGACGACCCAUACAACACAAGCAAACUUGCCCGUUUCACGUUUGAUAGAGAUGCUUGUGGAGAUUACAGCAGCACGCAUAUGUUUGUCGCUUCCAUUCUGACUGCAAUCGCAUUCGCCACAGGAGCAAUAUUGUGGAAAGGAUGUCGAGUUUGCCAUGGGUAUGUCCACAGGCCAGCCAAGAUAAUAGCGCAGGAUGAGAACGUGGAGAACUCGACCAACGUGCUAGAUGGAGGCCGAUUGCAUGACAGCAUUCCUCCACAUCGUUGGUGCGUUACGCGGGCGGACCUGCAGCAGUUCAGGAGAUUAGUGCGGCGGGCAGUUUUGGAUGGACGCAUCCAGCCCACGGAAGCAGACCUGUUCGAUCCAAGAGAUGACGUGAUAGGACCAUGCGUUUACAGCGUCACCGAUCAGUACGUCACACCCGUCACUGCCCGCGCAGGGAAUCCGAGCUGGGCGCUGAUGCUUCACCCAGAUGGCCUCGCGUGUGACCUUUUCAUUACACAUAGCUGGAAAGAAGGCAUUUAUGAGCUUGUCGACAAAGUCAUCUACUCGUGGCCUGCUGGGAAACGACAUGUGUAUCUAUGUUUCCUGUCUAACCCACAGAACCUCGAUAUUGCGCGUCUCGUAUCGAGCCCAAACGAUUCUCCGUUUGCCCGCGCGCUACGCUCGGCAACGGACAUGAUGGUCGUGUCCAACCGCAGAGAAAGUAUUUAUAGCAGGGUUUGGUGCACUUACGAGGCCCACUUGGCAUACACCUUGGACAAGCGAAUCUUCUGCGCGACAAGUCCAAUUCAUGACUUUUGGCAUCGCGUCGCAUCCCAACUCGGUGUAUGCCUCGUUGGGCUAAGCAUUGGCGCUGCGUGCCUUCUUCUUCUUACUUUCAUCGCCUUCGAGCACUUCGCGUUACUUGUCAGGAACCUGUUGAUUUUGGUAUUGUGUUGUACCACGACGACCUGGAAAUACCACAUGAAAAUCCCAUGGGGCACUGCUUGCCGCCGUUCUAGUUGCGUGGCGGUCCUUUUUGGUGGUAUCGGCGUGGGCUUCGUAUGGCAAGUGGACAUGACGUACUCAAUGAAUUGGUUUGGCGCCCUGCUGUUUUUGGCUUUCGGCCUCUGCGUGGAAGCUGACCGUUUAUGGGCGGUCGUUGCCGUUCGAGAGAAAGUGAAUCUGUCGUUGGGCUACACGGGCCACAUUCGUGACGCACAGUGUUCUGUGCCUGCAGACGGCGAACUGAUUCGCGGCGAACUACAGGAGGAAACCCAAGAGAUCGCUGUAGACCAAAGCGUGGAAUGUCUGAUUUGCACAGGUCUCUCCACCAAGCUCUUGCGCGACACGGCGCAGCGAGUCGGCAAAUUGGGUAAUGUUACCAAUUGGAAUUUGGCUUCGAUAGUCGGGCAUGUGGGUGGAAUUUGGGUGUGGCUUCCUGCUCAUUCGACUGGGAGCGACGUCUGCACUGUGGAUCAUGGCAUCUCGGCUUUCAUCUGCAUCCUUCAAGGAGUGACUUGGUCAGUCUUGUUUGUUUUCGUGUUGAGCACAGACCGGAAGGCAUUUGCAGCGACGUCUGUCGUCACUUUGCUCGUUUGCUUACCGAUAAGGGCUGUCAGCAUUUGUGCCUUCGUGUUCUCCAUUGCUCUGGUCAUGGGGCCCUUGGUGCUGUUACUCACGCUGGCAGGGCCUGCCAACGUCGCUCGUGUGCCUCUUGUAGGCCCCGCACUUGUUCGAUGUUUCAUAGGCGACUGGGAUAUGCGCAAUUCUUGCGCACGCCGUUCCGAGCGUGAACGCCGGCGAUUUUCCAAGGAGCUCUCGGAUUCUCAGCAUAAACUUGCGUCUAUCUAUGGCAAGCUCGAGCAAGAUCUGACCCGAGACUCGCGCCCGAGCUUAACCAGUACGCCUUCAGACCUCGAAGGAACCUCGUCCACAAAUCGCAUGGGCCGAACAAGCUCGGUUUCCAGUUGCGGAGGCGACUCGCCCAAAACCCGCCAAAGCGGUUCGGGAAUUGUUUCAAGCAGCCAACUCUUGCAGGCCCUCUGACCUUUCGAGGCAUUGCUUCUAAUACCUCCAUGAACGCAUGUGCAGGCAAGCAGCGCGUCAGCGGGAUGUCAGAUUCAGCGGCGCUGAAUAUACGUAUAUUCGUGCAUAUAUAUAGAUAUAUUUAUAUUGUAUCGGAGUGGAUGGUAUGCUAUCACACCGUGAGGAGGCAUGACGAAAACGGUCCGGGCAAGUCCCAGCAGGACCCGAGACACCUCAAGAGAGUUCCUGUGCCUUCCAUAUAUUUUCUGCCUCCUGUCUCUGUCCUUCAUCCUCCCUGCUGCACGUGCUCCGCCACCUGGCGUGACAGCGCGUGAAUUAUGCUUUAAGGCAGUUUGUUCUCCGUCCUCUGGCAUUUCCUCGUUUCUUCUGCACGUGCUCCGCCUGCACGCGUGGCAGCGCGUGCAUUCUAUUUCAGGGCAGUUUUUGCCCCGUCCCUCGUCAUCCCUCGUGCUUCCCGCACACGUUUGGCCAGACAGGCCAAGAACAUCCAAGGAAGCCCUGCGACAUCCCAUGACCGGCCCAAGACGGACACAGCCCUCCUCCGACCGCGAGUCGCCCGGAAACCCCGGCCCUUCGUCUCAUCAUAGCGCCAGAGAUGCAGGCGCGCGCCGUCAAGUUCUACAGCUGCGCGAUCGUGCCCCGAUUGAGGGGCUCGAGUCGCCCGCCCGCUCGGCGCGACGGCUCUCGCGCGGCCUGCGGGCGGUCCGAGGGCCACCUGCGGUGUCUUUCACUGCUGCUCGCUCGUGGCAGACAGCUUCCCUGCCCUCCCCCUGGCGCUCGGAAGGCGGUUUCUGGCCCUGGUGGCUCCGUCGUUCGUGUGCUAGGAGGUGGCCUUCGGUGGUUGUUGGCCUCCCGCAGGCUCUUCGGUCAUGUAUUCGAGGGUUGAAGAGAGAGCGCCUCUGGGGAACAAAAAAAAUAUUCACUGCGUGGAGCUCCCCAUAUGUGCAUCU